CCCACCCCCCUCUUGCCCUCUCAGCCUCGAAACCCUCCUUCCGCCUUCCAACCCUUUGUCCUUUUGCAUCCAUCUCUGUACCUCUCUCCCCAUCUCGACAACUACCCAUCCUCACCUCCCAACCCACCUCCCCCCCACACCCGCGAUUCACCCGCGCCCACAUCUGUCACCGAUCGCGCCUUCCUCUGAUAAAGGAGCAGCCGUGAUAGCCAAAUCCAUACGCGCGCCACCGUCGCAGAUCCGAUGAGGAGCGAAGAUCCUCGUGAACUCGCCAUCAGAUUGAAUCGCUAAUCUCGCCUUCGCGUCUUUUCGCAUCGCGCUUCAUCCGUUCCAUCUUCCCUCGGUCGCAUUUAUCCGCGCGCUCACUCGUCUCUGCCGUGAGACACCUUCCAUUCCCUCGCGCCGGUCCUUGUGCCUCUUUUCCAUCCGCUCUUUCGUGUCGCGCUUUCUGAUCGACUUCACUCCAUAACCUCGAUGAGCGGCAGCUCGAACCAGUCCACUCGAACGAGUCCCGGCUCCUUUGGCACGACACAGCGUACCGAGUCUGUGUCUUCUGGUUCUUCGCCACCCCAGCAUCCGCUCUCGCACUCUUCUUCCCAGGCGCCCGCGACGACUCAGCAUGCGAUGUCGACCGACGUCUACAGCCCAACUGUCUCGCAAGCGCCCACGUCUCUAGCCCCCACUUUCACUUAUCCAUUCUCGCCGCUCGGCCCAUCCUCCUUCGAUAGCGGAAUGCGCCUCGGCGAGUCAGAUCGCAACCUCCAGGGCCUAAAUGGCCUGGGGCGCGCCAACGGAGGUGGCGCGAUUCUCAUGCGCAAGCUACCUCGUAACACCAGUCGCGAGGCUCUGCGCAGCAUGCUCCUUUUCGCUAAAGACUUUGUCGAUGCCGACUUUGUGACCUCUGAUUACCCGGAAGACGACGGGUUCCUGAGCGCGAUCGCUCGAUUCAAUACCCUGCCCGCUGCCGAAGAGGCCCGCGCCCUUUUGGAUGGCAAACCGAAUUCGAAGAAUGACGCCAACCCUUCCACACAAGUCAUCGGCGAGGGCCUGCCUUCGGCAUCAGAAUCCGGAUCCCGUCUUCACAGUCUUUUCUCCCCGCAAUCACCUAUCGGAAAUGGAGUCGGUGAUCUGCCCCGCGUGACGGGCAAGUCCAUGAUUGAUGAAGAUCCAGAUGAGGAAACGGGCGAGUUGCUCAAGGAUCCCGUGGGCUACGCGGAGAACGGCCACUCGGCUUCGGUCUCUGUCGCGCGUCGCUCCACCAACCCUCAGAUCCCAACCAGUCGCUUUGCCAAUCUAUCUUUGUCUACCACUAUGUCGUCUCCGCCGUUGCCAAAUUAUGCCUCUAACGGUCCUGGGCAGCGCAUGGGCAGUGUCAGUGGACCCACCACGGCAUACCCCGGUGGUCACGGCCACGGCUUCCCCUAUGGCGGUAGCCAGCACACUCCCCGUCACAGCCUCCCUGCUGCGAACCCGAACGACCUGAACCCUCCGUGUAACACGCUUUAUGUGGGUAAUCUGCCGCCGGACACCUCGGAAGAAGAGCUCAAGGCACUGUUCUCCAAGCAGCGCGGCUACAAGCGACUCUGCUUCCGCAAUAAGCAAAACGGACCCAUGUGCUUUGUGGAGUUUGACGAAGUGGCGAUGGCAAGCAAGGCACUCAACGAAUUGUACGGCUACAAGUUGUCCAACAGCGUCAAGACUGGUAUCCGCCUCAGUUUCUCGAAGAACCCUCUCGGUGUACGUUCCGGUCAACCAGGCAGCAUGAGUGCAUCCAACCCGCUUCAGGGCCCCGGUGGUGUCCCUGGAGGCAGCAACCUGAGUGGGAUGCAUAGCCACAUGUUCUCCUCGGUCAGCGGGCCACCGCCAGGGUUGGCUGCUCCUCCGGGACUCGCCAUGCCCAUGCCCGUGCGGAAUGGCAACGCUCUGCACGUCGCACACGGCAACGGGAACCCUCACGCCAUGGUGGGCAAUGGCACUUUCAACCACAACUCGGGCCUAGGGAUUCGCACUAGCGGAGGUAAUGCCAUGAUGAUGUCGCCGCCACCUCCUGGAGCUGCCGCUGGCAACAAUGCGGGGCCUAACAUGAACGGCUACAAUUCCUUCUAUCCUGACUACAUGAUGGGUCGCUAAGGGAAAUGUUCUCCAACGCAUUAUAUUCGAGAUAAUGUCCGGCAUGUUUGAUGAACGAACCUGGGGUAUCUGGCGCAUUGGGGGUUCCUUUCGUUUCGCGAGCUAGAAUCAGCAUUCGGCGGCUGCAUAACUCUCGGGAGUAUUGAAAUUUGGGACUCUGCUUUUUUUUGUUUGCUGUGGUUUCCUUCGCGUUACGGUUCUCUUUCCUCUUUUUUUCUUUUUCUUCUUCGGAUCCCUUUUUCUUUAAUGGUCGAUGCGACGUGGCUUGUUCUAGUUAAUGUGUUGCUGUGUUGUCUGUGGUUUUCGUUUUCUAUUGCAUGGGGACUCGGGCGCUCUUUUUUCUUUCACAUUCCUUUGGAUUGCAUUUCAGGUCAUUGCAAGCUUGUAUUCUUAUUGUGGUCGGGGCACGGCGGCGCGAGCACAGCGCGUUUGAAAUUCUGUCUCCCCAUUUGCGUUCUUCCAUUGACACCUUCAUACCCUUGUGCUAUUCCUGUUCUUGCUUCUUCUGUGCGUGCUUAUCUAUUCCUCUUCCCUAUCCAUUUUCUGGAGUUGUCAUACCACUCGAUGAACCUCGUCAAAAAGGGCCGAGUCGUCCUCCGGGGAUUGUGGCCCAUAGGGUUUGUCUUCUUACCCUUUUUUUUCCUCGACCGUGAUUCCCCAUUACAUCCAACUGCUUUAUUGAAUGCAUCUUCACGUGUGAACCGGAAAUUGAAUUUGUUAGCUUUGUCUUGCUCUCCUAUUCCUUACACUUGCAAUUAUUCGUCCUUUUCCUUUCAUUCAGGUACCCAAGACGGUGUCAUAUGUGGCUUUAUUUAUCAAUUCCCUUCUUCUCAAUUCCCUUUUUUGGCUUGUCCCUUUUAAAACCACAUUUCCACUUCUACCUUCUUCCACCUCCAUAAUACUCGUCCACUCGCGCAUGAACUGUUCGAUACGUCGUGGCUCGUGGUUCGUGGCCUCGGCGGCAGUCGAGUCUCUCUCUCUCCGCUAGCGUUUCUAAAGGGCUUCUGUUUCCAUCGGGUUCUUCGGUGUUCACAACUCAUCACCCUUCAUGCACGUGUUUAUCCUCCUACUAGCGACGGAGAAAAUAAGGCGUCUGGCUGGUGCUCGGUUUACAUGUCUGGUUUCAUAGCCGGUUCUUCGUUUCUUUGCUUGGGAUUGAAUGGAUCGGCUGGCUUGCAUUGCCAUCGGGAUUUCGUCGUUCUUCGUCUUUUCGCGUCAAGGUUCCAUCGGCUAGGGUGUUUUCACUGUGGAUUGGAAGGAUAUACGGUAUUCAUGGGUUCUGGGUUUAGGUCUGGUUCUGCUGGCUUGAGGUUACGGGCAAAUGGGCUUGGAUGGAGGAUAUUGGCGUUCUUCUAGUUCUUCUUUUCUUCGAGGUCAUACUUGCAGUGCUGGACACCUAAGGCUAGGUGUCUUCUUAUGUGAUGCUACCGACCUACUUUCAUCGGUAAGGUAGGGGCAGAGCUGCUUUUACAUUCUUCACUCAUGUUGGUUGCUUGGUGGUGCUGAGAUUGAUAUAUUUGCUUCGAUCUGUAUUUGAUACAACGGAAUGGACUGCUUGCAAUUUAAUUUCGUG